AUGUCAGACCGACGAACACCCGAACCUCUCGGUGUGGCAGAGGGUGUGGCCUCCAUCGACCAUGCUGUCGAGCAGACUUCAGCGAGCGCCAUGGCAGACGACAGCGAUGACUCCUCCCACGAACCGACACCGUUAGAAAAACAGCCGAGCCAUGUGAGCCACACGAGCCACCGCAGUCGCUUGAGCCGCUUAAGUCGAAGUUUGCGGCGACGGGACAGCGUCUCAACUGACGACUCCGACCCGUUAGAACCGCUAGAGCUUGCCAUGACACCAAACGUCGAGACCGAAAUCGAACAGGCCGCCCGCGAGCCUAUUUCCCACGCCAUGACGACGACAAGCCUGGGCAGCGUUGCCUCUCGACUGCCCGAUUUCGAAGUGACGUUCUCCGAAGACGACCCGAGCAACCCGCGCAACUGGGCCCUGUGGUACCGUCUGUGGAUUGUGUUUUCAAUCUCAUAUUCUACAUGGGUCGUCGUCGUGUACAGCACAAGCUAUACGGCUGCCAUUCCGGGUGUAAUGGAGUCGUUCAACAUCUCCAGCGAGGCUGUGGCCACACUUGGUGUCACGACAUAUCUGAUCGGUCUUGCGAUGGGUGCCAUGCUGGUGGCACCAUUGAGUGAACUGUUUGGCCGGCGCAUGGUGUACAUUGUGUGUAUCAUCUGCUUUACGCUACUGGUGAUUCCCGGUGCGCUGGCGACGUCGCUGGCUGAGAUUCUCGUUGUACGCUUCUUCGGUGCUGUGUUCGGUGCAGCUCUUGUGUCCAACGGCCCAGCCACUAUCGUGGAUAUCUCGACAGAUGACAACCGGGCUCUGUACAUCUCGAUCAUGGCAAUUGCACCCAUGAAUGGCCCCGUCACUGGCCCUCUCAUCGGUGGUUUCGUCUUUGAGUAUCUGGGUUGGCGCUGGGACAGCUGGAUUGUCAUCAUCAUCUCAGGCGCGGCCAUUGUUUUCAUGGCGUCUCUCAAGGAGACGUACGCCCCGGCAAUCCUCAAGGCCAAGGCGGCCAAGAUGCGCAAGGAGAAGGACGACGACCGCUACUGGUGCCGCUACGACGAGCGCAUCUCCAUCCUCGACCUCCUCAAGGUGAACUUGAGCCGUCCUUUCAUUCUCGCCGCGACGGAACCGAUCCUGUGGUUCUUCAACAUCUGGAUCUCCAUCGUUUAUGGCAUCCUGUACCUGUGUUUCGUCGCUUAUCCGAUCGUCUUUAUCGAGGGCCGUGGUUGGAGCUCGGGUAUCUCCGGUCUUGCAUUUGUCGGCAUUGGUAUCGGCACCAUGUGUGCCAUCGGCAGUGAGCCGCUCUGUCGCCGCCUCAUCAACAACUACCCCAAGGACCCCGAGACCGGUCGGGCGCCGCCUGAGGCUUCUGCCCGCGUCAUGGUUAUCGGCGCCAUCCUGACACCCAUCGGCCAGCUCGUCUUCUCGUGGACGUGCCUUCCCAAGACCAUCCACUGGGCGAUCCCAAUCGCGUUUGGCAUUCCGUUCGGUGCCGGCAACACGCUGACAUUCAUCUAUGGCUCCAACUACCUGGCCGGCUCGUACGGCCUGUAUGCAGCUUCGGCGCUGGCCGGCAACAUGGUCAUCCGGUCGCUGUUUGGCGGUACGUUGCCGUUGGCGGGCUCUGCCAUGUACAAGGCAAUGACGCCACAAUGGGCGGGCACAUUCCUGGGUCUGCUGGAGGUGAUGCUGAUCCCGAUCCCGAUUGUGUUCUUGCGGUACGGCAAGAAGAUCCGCGCGCGCAGCCGAGUGAUCCGGCAGAUGCGGGCGGACAUGGAGCGCAACGAGGCCAAGCGGGCUAAGCAGGCGCGAAUUAUCGCGCGCCAAAAGGCCAAGAAGGAGGAGCGCGAGGCGGCGGCGGCUGCCCGUGCGAACGGCAGUGGAGUCGUCGAGAGCAUCGACAUUGACGAUGUUGAGAGUGUCGACAUUGAGCGGACGGCCGACAUUGACCACGCCCACGAGAAGGAGAAGCGCUCGUCCAAUGAGCCGACCGCAGCAGCCGUGCCCUCCAAGGAGGAGUAG